UUACCCUUAGUUUAGUUUAGGUGUAGCGGAGCGCACAGAAAUCGGAUAAAUUGGACGGUGCGCAAAUGGCACAUUUAGCUCAGCUGUAACCCGAGGUUGAGGGAAUAUAUGUCAACAAAGUAUGCUUUUCUCAGAGGACACUAUUGCAAGACUUUGCAUGGUGUCCGAGGCUCUCACUAGUAUUUGAGUUUUAUUUUUUUCAGCGUGCAAAAUCCUGCGAUUUAAUUUCCCCUCGAAGUUCUUUUUGCACAUUUUGAAAUUGCAGAGGAGAGAGCGACACAGGGGUUAAAGCCCGUACAGGAAAGUAAAUCAGUAUGGAAGAAAAUGAUCAGGGCAACAGAGACGCGAUGGUGGAGGAGUCGGCAGAUGAAUCCAACAGAGAUGAAUCCAACAGAGCCAUCCUUCCCAUGCUGCAGCCCGGGAACCCGCAGAUCCCGCACCGGGUCACCAAUUUCUUCAUCGACAACAUCCUGCGGCCGGAUUUCGGACGCAAAAAGGAUGGUGGAGAGAGCCGAGAAUUAGAGAGCAGCCUGAGCCUCCACAGCCCUGCUCAGACCGAGCCGGUGGGAGGGAACACGGUGCCGGCAGAGGGGACCUCCACUCCACACACUGUCACCGGGACCAAGAAGCCACCUAUCGCCGAGGAGGAGACCCUGAAAGCCCGCAGAGAGAAAGGAGACCAGUGCCUAAGCUCAGACUCAGACAGUUCCCAAGCCAGCUCGAACCCUUCCCAGUCCAAGCCCAUGCUGUGGCCGGCCUGGGUUUACUGCACCAGAUACUCGGACAGGCCUUCUUCAGGGCCAAGAUCUCGUAAACCAAAGAAGAAAUCGACGACCACCACCACCACCACCACCAGCAGCAGCAGCAGCAGCAGCAAAGAGGACAAGCGACCACGGACGGCCUUCACUGCAGAACAGCUGCAAAGACUAAAAACCGAGUUCCAGACGAACCGCUAUCUGACCGAGCAGAGGCGGCAGCACCUGGCGCAGGAGCUGGGCCUCAACGAGUCCCAAAUCAAGAUCUGGUUCCAGAACAAGAGGGCCAAAAUCAAGAAGGCCAGCGGGGCUAAAAACUCUCUGGCCUUGCACCUGAUGGCACAGGGACUUUACAAUCACGCCACGGUCACGUCCAAGGACGAGAAAUCCGACAGCGACUGAUCAGCGGUCUGUGUCAGCUCAGAGUCCUGCAGUGAAGCCGGACAUGUUGAGCACCCCAAAGUUUAAUCAAAUAAAUAUAUAGUAGGGGUCUCUAGCACAUAGAAACUGCAGGAUGCUAACCUGCAUAUGUUGCGCAAUUUGCAUUAGUCGUGUUAAUGAGCACUAAUUGCGAUAUAGUGGACAAUAGUAAAAAAAAACUCGCUUGGAUGAUUUGGGCAAUUUUGGAAAGAUUUAGGAAGUCAUUGAGGCUGCCGAGUCCAUUUCUGAGAUUUUCAGGAUAAAAAAUCUCAGUUUUAACCAGAAAGAGGCUAUAUUUGUCAGAGUUUUAUUAAUUUUGGGUCAUUUGGAUUGGACAGAUCGCCUUUAGAAUUGACCACAGUAGAGAUAAUAAUAUUCCUCUUGUGCUCUCUAUAUCCAAUGAUCGCAGAACUGCUUAUGGUAGUCAAAAUCAGCCCACCGAGAGUACACAUAUCAUUUCUGAUCCUGAAAAUGUCAGAAACGGACUGAAUUACCCCCAACACCGGCCGAAUCGGGAGGUCAUUUUUUAAUAUUGUCUUAAUUAAUGCAACUUCUGCAAAAUGCCCAACAUGCAAGUUAGCAUCCUGCAGUUGCUAUGUGCUGGAGACCCGAACUAUACAUUUCUGUCAUUAAACUUUGGGGUCUUCAACGUAUCCGGGUCCACAAAGCUGGCAACCAGACCCCGGAGCAGCCUCCUGACGACAGAGAAGCUAUAGUCCUCCGAUAGAUUUUUAUAGAGAUAUCACAGCAGCACUACAGGAAAUAUUUAAAGAAAACCACUAUACUGCUCACCCACUCCAGAUAAACCAGUCCCCACAGAAUGUCAGUCUCUAUAGCCUCCUGCAGGAAUAUUAUAGUGGUUCUUCGUUUUAUGGGAGGGGUCUGUCAAGCCUACAAUGCAAUAAUCUCAUCGAAUAAAGGGCCAGUGUAGAGAAUACCAGCAUCAAUCGUUUUAAAAAAUAGAGAGAUAUUUCUGCAAUAUCACGUCUAUAAAAGAUGUUGUAUAGAAGUCAUUGUUCGUCCCUCUCCCCCCCCCACCCCCCACAUGAGGUGCUUACACCCUUCAUUUUUCUAUAGGCCUCUCAUGAUUGUCAUUUCUCCAUGGAGCUAAAGCUGAUGUGUCAGUGAAGUGAACCAACCGAAGUCCAAAGAGCAUUUCUGCUGCACCCAGGCUACUGUGAACCCCCAUGCUAACACCACCUUUAUUAUUAUUAUUGUUGUUGUUGUUGUUAUUAUUAUUAUCCCAUGAUUGUUGUGUGUUGAUGUGAAAACAGGACGAAGGUGUUUUAAAUGUAAUCGGGCAGACAAUGAAUUUUUUGAUACGUUUUUUAAAAAAGAUGCGAAAAGAAGUGAUUUUUGUCUAACGCGCCACUAAUGCUAAGCUAGGCUAACCCCCCUCUCCGAUGCAUCAGCUGUUCUAGUCUAACCAGCAAUAUGAUCCGUUUUGUAGCUUGAAGGCUCACUCUGUAGCAGAAAGACAAUGAUGACCCCCCCCUUCUGUUUACCUUCUCUAUAUACAGUUUAUGACAUUAUCACGACAAGGCGAACCCGUCCGACUGAACUACAGACCGUUGUUGAAAGGACUUCAUAUGUGUAUUUAUAUAGAUUAUAUUGAGAAAAAGAUCUAUCCAAUGACCAGUGUUGCUUUAGAGUAGAUAUCUGAGGUGUUUACACUGCUUGUUUAUCUUGCAAUAACUUCCUUUUCUUUUGGUUUUGUGAAUGAAAAUAGUUUAUGGGGCCUUUUUGCAUGAAAGCUGCAAUUUGUUGUACUUGGUGGGGGUGGUGGGGGGGCAAAAAUAACUGUGUUUAUAAACUCUACCGACGGGAGUAUGAAGUUUUAGACUGUAUCCAUACCAAAUUGUGGACUUUUCUGCCUUUUUCAAAGUGUUUUUGUUGUGUAUCUGCAAAAAAAAGUGUGUGUGAAUUAAAAUCCACCAAACAGAAACACACUUUGCCUUAAAGUUCAAGAGUGAACUUUUGUUCUGAAACAGAAACUGUGCCGAAUCAGAGAAGCAGUAUUACUAUUCAAUGCCUUUAUGAAAGCACUGCUGGUACGACAUUAUGAAUCAUCAGCGUAUAUCUAUCUAUAUAUGAACAUGUUUAAAUGACAACACAGAGUUGUAGAAGACAAUGCUAUUUUUUAUUUUAUGUUGGAAGUAUUCUUUGGUAUAAGUGUACAUAAUUUGUAUCCUGUAUUAAUUGUGUAAUUAACUGCCUCCUGAACACUGCAAAAGAAGAGUAAAUAAAACC